AUGGCUACCCGCCGAGAACAUCGCCGGCGCAGCAGCAUCUGGAACCGCGAUAACAUGCCCGGCCAUCGUUUCCCGGACAAGGAGUACACUUACUCUGAUCCCUACAGUCAGAGCAGCCACUACAGCACCCCGCGCACGCAUACCAUUAGCCAGGCCGAAGCUCGCUCGCGCGCCCAAGCCCUCGCCUCUCCUUCGCGCGAGGACGGCGAGCUGCCGGAUAUUAUCAUCUUCAAGAACCUCAACGAGACAUGGAGCUUCGAGUAUCCUGCUUUCUGUAUCGAUGAUGGCAGGCUACAUGUGAGUGACAUUCGACGGCUGGCGGGCGAGACGCUACGUAUCGCCAACACAGCCAGGAUAAAACUGAUGUAUAAGGGCCGUCUGCUGGACGAGGACGAUGCGAGUGCGAAGGAGGAAGGGUUAAAGCAGUUCUCUGAGGUCGUAGGGGUCGUUGUAUCGGGAUAUGCUGGAGGUGCCUUUGGUGGUGUAGCUGGUGGUAGCGCCAGUAGCAGGAUGGACGGUUUCUCCACGAGUAACAACGUUGGAGGAUGGAGGGAGACGCAGUUGAUACCGGUGUCUGACAGCGAGGAAGACGAAGAACCUGAACCUGAACCAGUGCCAGCGCCAGCGCCGUUACAGAGACCGCCAAUUCGACGUGGGCGCUCUCCUCCAAAGCCUAGUCGUCAGGAACGGAGAAAGUCCGUUCGUCGUGAACGGCGACCAAGGGAUCCGUCCCCUGUUUCUCCGGAUAGAUCACCGCCUCUAUCAAGAGAAGCAACAUCUCCAAGAGGUGAAUAUCCGCCUACAAGGAGUGAUUAUCCAUCUCCGGGGACCCAAAGACCGUCUCAGUAUACAUCAAGGACUCAGCAUCCCUCUCCAGGGACCCAGUAUCCUUCUCCAGGGACUCAAUAUCCAUCUCCAGGUACACAGUAUCCUUCUCCUGGAGCACAGUAUCCAUCUCCAGGGACUCAAUAUCCAUCUCCAGGGACUCAAUACCCUUCUCCAGGAGCACAGUAUCCCCCUUCAGGAGCACAGUAUACAUCUCCAGGGACUCAGAAUCCUUCUCCAGGGACCCAGUAUCCCUCAUCAGGGCCUCAAUAUCCAUUCCCAAGGCCUGACUACCCACCACCAAGGACAGAAUACCCAUCACCAACAUCUUCAUCAUUCGAUCCUCUCCCAAAUAUCUCUCGCGAGCCACGGCCAUACGCUACAUCCCGCCCUUCCCCUUCCGUCAGCAGCAAUGUCAGCACCGUCAGUGAAUCCACAACCACCUCUGCAUCGACAUCUGCGUCUGCAUCCACUUCCACAACCGCACCCACGCCCGCAUCUAGACCUAACACGAGCUACUCUGUCCCUAACCGCCCACCUACCCCCUGCCCUCCUUUCCUCCCCUCCCACUCCCCCGCCCAGAUGCUCGUUAUCUUCGAAACUCAUGUAAAAGAGAAACUCGUACCAAUAUGUGCACAAUUUACCCUUAACCCGCCUCCUGAUGCCCGGUCCCGGAUCAAGGAACACAAGAGGCUAAUCGAGGCGAUGGAACGAGUUUUGGCGAGAGCGGAUGAGAUUCUUGUCGGUGACUCUAAACCGUUGAGAGAUCGUAGGAAGAAGGCGGUACAGUUGAUCCAACGAUUUCAGGGGAAGGUUGAUGCCGUUGUAGCGUUCGAUGAAUGA